AUGGAGCACGUUAGGGGGGAGACGGUAGUUGCCGGUCUCUGUAUUGGGAUGUGGAUAGUGGCUACCGCCGUCUGCUUAUCUCGCACCCCUUUUUUGCUGGAAGAUCGUCAUCAUCCCCUUGCGUCACCGUUAGUAACGGUCAAGGUUACCAUUCUUAUUUUGCUGGCUUUUUGGGCUUUGUGUUACGCAGGGUUAGGAGAAUUUGAUUUGCUCUUUUCGGAUGCACCCUGGCGUAUUGUACCGGCCUGUAUUUUUCACCUGAUUGUAGUACAAUUUCUGCGGCCAAUGGCCGUGAUGCUUUUCUGCAUUGUUAUUUCUACACCAGCAACAUCUUCACAGGGUUUGGUUCGUGUCAAUUCAAAACAAGCAGUCUCAUCACACAAACGACGUUCAGAUCGCGUAGCGACAAUGCAAGUGGAUGCGGAAAGAAAGUUCCAUGCGCCAUACCUGCACCGAGAGGAGUUGGGCGAUGUUGACUAUCGGGACGCCUACUCGGAAGCAGAACAAGACGAUUCAGAAGGGCAUAUGCCGGAAAAAAGUAGCGUGGGACGAGGUUUUGCAAAUACGACCAAUUCAUUUUCUUUGUCUAUACUCAAUCCAAUUAAACUGGACCUUGACUACGGUAUCAAAAACACAACCCCCUCUACGAAUUGCAACAGUAUUCACUUGUCGCAGCGCAGUCCGACUAUCCACAAGCUAGGGGCAUUGAGUAACUUUGUCAAAUCUGACAGCAUACGGCCUUCGCCAGGGGAUUGGGAACCGUGUAAGGUGGAAUGUCAGCUGGAUGGAUAUCUACAAGGGGAAAGUAGUGGUAGCGAAAAUGUAAAACCUGAGCCAGUUCCUUUAGGGCAGGCACCCGAUGAAAAUGAAGGUCAAGGUGUUCAAAUUGGUUUGGACAGCGGCAAUAUUUAUUUUGAUUGUAAACGGCGUUGUUAUCGUGCCACUGUUUAUAUUGGCUACUGGCUGAUUGGCAUUCCCCCGCCUGGAGAUCGUGUAGACUCGGAGGGAAAUGCCAUGGAAGUGUGGUCUCGUCUUUUAUUGUGGCGCGUCGCACUACGCGUUCGGUCUAUUCUUCCCGUGUGGUUUUUCUCUGUUUCGCUUAGCUGCGUAUUUGUAUCGUUUUUGUUAACGGAAGAGGUGCGUGGUUGUCUGGAACGCACUUCAGAGACGGCUGUGUGUAGAACCCCUGGUAUGGACUCCAUCUCCCCGCCACGGUUGUAUCUUCCACGCUCUAUCAGCAUCAUUGGACUCGUGGACAACGCACUUUUACUCGUCCUGUGGGUGGUGUGUGGUGUGGAAUGCCUUAGCCACAUUGGCAAUCUUAUAACAAAGCAGAGAUUUGUACGAACAUACAUUGUGGGUGUCUUACUGCUUGUACUACAUACGAUAUAUGACUCUGUGGAGCUGUUUGAUGAACUUCGGUACAAUGGACUGGUGGCUGUGGUGUUGAUCUCUUUAAGGAAUGUGUGCGAUGCCGUUUUGGUCAUGCUGCUUGCUUUGCGUUUGGGUAGCGGAAAUAAGCAGAUGCCGCGGUGGUACAGUUUCCUUGCGUCGUGGUGGCAAGGUGCCUCUGGGAACUUGUCUGAGAACAUGCAAGGGAAGUAA